AUGCCGAUGGCGAUUAGCAAGAGCCAAGAUUCUGGGCAGAAGUCCCUCGAAAUCAAGAAUGACGACAAGUUUUUCUCAAGGCUCCUUUCAAAGGAAACCACAAAAACCAACCCUUCAUUUAGGGUUUACUAUGGAGAUGUAUCUGGUGCCGUGCCCUUCACGUGGGAGACUCGCCCUGGCACCCCUAAACACCACACAAUAUUCUAUGACACCUCUAUAAUUCCUCCUCUUACACCCCCUCCUUCUUACUAUUCCACCAACGGAAAUAAACCCUUAAAACCUAGCUCAAGAUCAAGAAUUUUGCACACUUUACUCAGAAGAAUCGAUCUCAAGAAAGUUAACCAGUUCGAAUCGUCGUCGUCGUCUUCUUCUUCUACAUCAUCAUCGUCUGUGUUGUCGUGGUCGACAUCAUCGCACGUAUUGUCACCUUCCUAUGUCCAUGGAGAAGGAAGACAAUUUUCGAGAAAUGGGUCGUCGUUUGAUGAUAAUCGUAAGGAUGUGUUUUUGGUCAUGAAGAAUGCUCUGUUGUCCAUUUUUCGCCGUGGAUCUGGCUAA